AUGUCGGGUUUAAAACAUAUGCUUGGCAUCGAUAAAUUGGAGAAGGCGAUCAAAGUGAUAAAGGAUGUUGGUGGUGUGAAGGCCGCGUUGAAACAACGAUACUUAAUGGAUCAAACGCGUGUUGGGAGUCUCGUCGGUCAAGACAAAUUCGGCAACAAGUAUUUCGAAGACAAUAGCUUCUUUAUGCCCAGAAAUCGAUGGGUUGUCUUCCCCGAACGCGUAUGGUUGGAUUAUGAUGCCUCACAAGUUCCACCUGAAUGGCACCGUUGGCUGCAUCAUAUUGGCGAUGAAACUCCAACGGUAAAACCCCCUCAAAACGAGAAAUGGGUGUUGGACCACCGUGAAAACGCAUCGAUCUACACGAAGGAGAAGUAUAUUCCCUACUCAACGACCCGAACGAAAAUUCAAGGCUGGGUUCCUGGAAAGCACUCGGUUCGUUGCCUUGGACGGGGUUGGGCAGGGCAUCCCACCUGCAGUCUCCCCCUUUUCCCCGAACGGCGUAAACAAGUGCCGCCACAACGACAUUUCUUGAUCUAUGCAGAGAACUACUCGACAGUGACCUCUCAACGUGUGCCAAAGAGCCAAGGAAAACGCGGUGGUCAGCUAUUUUUUGUGUACAAGAUGCCAUCGUCAGCAGAGGUGUUAGCUUACGAAUUAGAGCACGGCGAGUCGGAUCUCAAGUGCUCCGGAAAGGGACGAUCAAAGAGUGAAAGGGUCGAAAACAAGCACUCCGAUCAGAACACGAACAAUCGAAUGAUCAGGCAAAUGAGAGAUGAGGAGAAGUCGUCCAUCUCUUGUCUGUUGAAAUCGUGUGCUCAUUCGGCUGACGUGGCCCCGGUCUCUUCUUUA